UUCUGGAGGGCGCCCCAGGGGGUGGCGGCCGGCAGCGCGGGCUCCCUGGCGCCGCCUCCAGUUCUGCGCGGCAGGGGACUAGUCCAGCCCGCGCGGUUCUGGGCGGAGAGAGUCAGGGGGAGCAGCCCCGCGGAGCAGGCGGCUACCUGACAGCUGUGAGCCCAGAGGUGGCGUCAGCAGCUGGGAGGGAAGCGGCGACUCCCGAGGUAGAGGUCCUGCCCUGACCACAGCUGCCCUUCAGGACACCGGCUCUGAGCCACGGCUGGGCCAUCAGGCUGCUGUCAAGGGUGGGGCUCUGGCGACUUGUGCUGUUCCUCAUGAGUCCAGCCUGGGGCUCCACCUGGCAUCCAGCACGGCCACGUCUCAGGCGGGAUUCAAACACGGGUCGCAAACGUGCUCUCCAGACCUGAAGCGUUACCCUUGCUCUGAGGAGCCGGGACCUGCCAGGGUCUGAAGAGACUUGGAGAAACUGAUAAACCUGGAUGGCUACCCCUGACCAGAAAGUGGUUUCUAGGCCCCAGAGACCUGCCCAGGGACCGAAGGGGAAUGGGGCCUGCCUGGGCCCCCUGGACAGCCUGGAGUGUAUGGAGACACAGGAGAUGGUGCUGGCAGAGGUAGCCAUGCUGAGGAAGGCACAGGAAUUCUUCCAGACCUGUGAUGCGGAGGGCAAGGGCUUUAUCGCCAGGAGGGAUAUGCAGAGGCUCCAUAAAGAGUUGCCCCUCAGCCUGGAGGACUUGGAGGAUGUGUUUGAUGCCCUGGAUGCUGAUGGCAAUGGCUUCCUGACUCCAGAGGAAUUCACCACUGGGUUUAGUCAUUUCUUCUUCAGCCAGAGCAAGCCAAGUCAGGGAGAUGCAGGUGAACAGGUGGUCCCGCUCCAGGAGGAGAAGGUGUAUCAGUCCAGAGCGGAGGAGGAUCUGGGUGACCUGGAUGAAGAUGAGGAAGCCCAGUUCCAGAUGCUGAUGGACAAACUUGGAGCCCAAAAUGUUUUGGAAGAUGAAAGUGACGUCAAGCAACUCUGGCUGCAGCUGAAGAAGGAUGAGCCUCACUUACUGUCCAACUUCGAGGAUUUCCUGACCAGAAUCUUCUCCCAGCUCCAAGAAGCCCACGAGGAGAAGAACGAACUGGAGUGUGCCCUGAGAAAGAAAAUUGCUGCUUAUGAUGAAGAAAUCCAGCAUCUCUAUGAGGAGAUGGAGCAGCAAAUCAAAAGUGAGAAGGAGCGGUUUCUCUUGAAGGACACAGAGCGCUUUCAGGCCCGCAGUCAGGAGCUGGAGCAGAAGCUGCUGUCUAAGGAGCAGGAGCUGGAGCAGCUCGCCCAGAAGCAGAAGCGGCUGGAGGGCCAGUGCACAGCCCUUCAUAACGACAAGCAUGAAACCAAAGCGGAGAAUACCAAGCUGAAACUCACCAACCAGGAGCUGGCCCGGGAGCUGGAGCGCACCUCCCGGGAGUUGCAGGAUGCCCAGCAGCAGCUGGAAAGCCUCCAGCAAGAGGCCUGCAAACUCCACCAGGAGAAGGAGAUGUGGAAAGAGGUUGCACCCGCGCCAGGCCUUCCACAGCACGCCUUCCUCUGUACCUCCCGCUGGCAACUGCUGCUAUUGGCUCAGUGGACCACAAACUCCAUGUUUGAACAGAUUCCCCUUUUCCAUCACAGGGAAAGGAACAAGCACCUCCGGGAUGAAAGGGACAUAUGUUUUCAGAAAGAUAAGGCAGCCAAAGCAAACACAGCUGCUGCCAAGGCAAGCUGGAAACAGAGAUCUGGCUCUGUGAUAGGCAAAUAUAUGGACGGCAGAGGGAUCCUUAGAAGCCAGUCAGAGGAGGAGGAGGAUGUGUUUGGCAUGCUGAGGAGGAGAAGCUCCCUGGGCCUGAGUGGGUAUCCCCUUCCAGAAGAGGAGCCAGGAACCAGGGAGCAAGGGGCUGAGGGUCCAUGCCCCCGGGCACUCCGUAGAAUCAUCUCCAUUGAAGAAGACCCCCUGCCCCAGCUCCUGGAUGGCAGCUUUGAGCGGCCGCUGAGCAAAUGCCCAGAAGAGGAGGAGGUCUCCAACCAGGGGGUGGAAGGACAAAGCCAGCAGGCCCAACCUUCUCAGGGGGAACUCAUGCCCACAUCUCCCCGAGGGCAGCCUGUUGGGAAAGAAGCUCUGUCUAAGGAGGAAGGCUCUCUCUCCACCCCAGACCGGCUCUUCAAGAUUGUGUUUGUGGGCAACUCCGCCGUAGGGAAGACAUCCUUCCUGAGGAGAUUCUGUGAUGACCGGUUCUCCCCGGGCAUGACAGCCACUGUGGGCAUCGAUUACCGUGUGAAGAUGGUACAUGUGGGUGACUCUCAGGUGGCCCUGCAGCUGUGGGACACGGCCGGGCAGGAGAGGUAUCGUUGCAUCACCCAGCAGUUCUUCAGAAAGGCCGAUGGUGUCAUCGUCAUGUAUGACCUCACAGCCAAACAGUCCUUCCUGUCGGUCCGGCAGUGGCUGAGCACCGUGGAGGAAGCUGUCGGGGACCGUAUUCCUGUACUUCUGCUGGGCAAUAAAAUCGACAACGAGAAAGAGCGGGAAGUUCCCCGGGGCCUUGGAGAACAGCUGGCCAAGGAGAACAAUCUGAUCUUCUAUGAAUGCAGUGCCUAUUCUGGUCACAACACCAAAGAGUCCCUGCUCCAUUUGGCCAGGAUCCUCAAGGAGCAAGAAGACACAGUGAGGGAGGACACCAUCCAGGUUGCGCCUGCCAAGAAAAAAUCCUGCUGUGGCUGAAAGGCACCGCCUCCGCCUCUCCCCCGGGCCUGGCUCACAGGCCCACCUGAAUGCUGCACGUGGCUCCGGCACAGGUGCUCCCGCCAAGGCCGGCCCAGACCUCUGUCCUUGACAGGGACUUGC